CACAUCUUGCCGCUCUGGGGAGAUGUGCCACUCGCAACAAAUGGCCACAAGAAAAUUUGCAGUAUAACAUUACAUAUUAUAGAAUUAGUAUAUCCUACGUGGAAAGAUGUGUGUACAUGUAUUUUUUAUAAUUCAUAUGAAUGAUGUGUCUAAUUUUAAUAUUUUAAAAUAAGUGACUGUAGCACAAGUGUAAAUGUGGCACCAUCGCUGGGUGGUGGGGACGGGCGGGUAUCGGUGGAGUCGGCAGCACAACCAUAGAUGUCGACGGCUGGAGUUUGAUUCCUACAUCAUCAGCCAAUUGUGGCCGUUGGUAGCUGUAAUAGGCUACAUCCAACACAGCACAUGAGCCUGUACACUCCCUAGGGCAGCUACAUAAUCCAAGCCUAUUGAAGAAUGAUUUGAUUGCUACAAAUAAUUGGUCAACAUUAAUAGGUGGCACGAAACGGGACUUAAAAUUGGAGACCCUCACUGUAGAAGGUAGCUGACUGUGUGACACAUCCAGCAGUGCACAUGCUGCCCCCCCAGCUGGCUCACCUGUGUUCCUCCACCAAUAUCGUCUCACAGAGAAAUUGCAUCAAACUUGCAGUUUGAUAUAGAAAUGCUGCCACACUGAAAAAAUUACAUCUUUUCAAAAUUAUUUACAGCUUUCACUUUUAACUUAUGUCUUAUGGUAGGACAUAAAUCAUGUGUGGGAAAUAAAGAAUAAGUGCUGGCUAUGUUUACUGAAAAUUGCCACCUAAAAAGGUACAAUAUAAAACUGACAUUAGAUAUUUAGAAACAUUAAUAAAUGAGACGAAAUUUGUAUUUUUGUAAGAAAUUUUUACCGGUAAAUAACGGUGGAGGAUGGAGCACCUUGGAGGGGCUAGUGUUGGGUGGUACAACUGGGAUCUAGUGACAAAUAAGGUUCAAGUAGAUCUUAUGAGUGCUGAUGUAGCCCACCAGAUAAAUCAGCAGGUUCAUGCCUCUUAUGGCACUCCGCAACAUGUGUCUGUUCAGCUCGCUGUUCCUCAAGCUCCACGAUCAACACAUGCCUUAUCUGCUGACACACCUAACACUGCUAAUGUUCCUAAACCUCCUGGGCCACGACCGCCAAGGGUGCGAAAUGCUCAUGGUGAGCGAGUUUCCUGCUUAGAAUGUGGUAAAACAUAUGCAUGCAAUGCAAAUCUUCGUGAUCAUAUGCGAAUACAUACUGGUGAAAGGCCAUUUAUUUGUGAUGAAUGCGGGAUGACUUUUACCCAAAGAUCAAAUCUUAGAAUGCACAAACGUGUCCAUACUGGUGAGAGGCCAUACAUGUGCGGUGUGUGUGGAAAAACAUUUUCUAGGUCAUCACAUCUACCGGGUCACAUGCGGCAACACACGGGGGAAAAGCCUUAUACAUGUGAAGAAUGUGGGCAAACUUUUACCACAAGUCAGAGCAUGAAAAAUCAUAAGCGCAUUCACACUGGGGAGAAGCCGUAUGUAUGUGAUGUUUGUGAUACUGCCUUCACUCAGAGUUCUACAUUGUCUACUCACAAAAAGUCGCACACAGGUGAUAAACCUUUUAAAUGUGAUAUUUGUAAUAAAAGAUUCAUAUUCCGUUCUGGACUAAAUGAACAUAUGAUUGUACAUAGCAGAGAUAAACCAUACCAGUGUGAUCAGUGCCACAAAAGAUUCAAAUACUCAAAUUACCUGUCGAAGCACAAAAAGAAAUAUUGCGGUAAUGAUGGAUACCGUAAACGAUGGCAAAAAUCAGGGAUAAAGAAAUCUUCGGGACGAAAAGUAAACUGUGUCCGUAAACCUACCUCAUCCACAAGGGUUCCAGCCCCUCACACAUUAAGUGAGGUACAGGUUAAUAUUGAUGAAGAUGAUGAUGAUGUUAUUUCUCUUCAUGAUGAUGAAGAGGAAGAAGGAGAGGAUACAGAAGAAGAAAGGCUAGAACAAUUACGUCGAAAUCGAACAUCUCGAUUUGAGAGGCGAAGGGAAAAAAUACCCCUACAUAUUUCUGAUGAUGGAGAUUGGAAAAAAGCUUGGAUAAGACAGGGCUUCAAGUACCUGAAGAUAAAUAGUUUACCAGCAAAGCAUCCUAGAAGAGCCAGGGCGGUUUCGCACAACAGGGUAUUUCCUACGCCUGGGAACACUGCUGUGAGAGAAGAGAGUCGGUACUGCAGUCCAUUUGAGCUUCCGUUUGCCAUCUACUCGCUUGGUCUCAAAUUGAUCACCCUCAAAAUGUUCCUGCAAAGUGUUAUGACAAUUAGAAGGCUGUUGCAGUUCCAGCGUGCUCAAAUGGUGACCCCAGCAGUUUCUGUAGCAACUGUGCCAACAUCUACCAUGAGUGCUUACAGCUUAAGUAGUUUGGAGGAUUUCCUUGUACCUACCCCAGUGCAAGUUGAACUUGGGGGCAAUGUAGUAAGGCAAAUCAGUCAACAAAUACAGCAUGUUCAUUUUGCAAAUGUGGCUCAAGUGCAACCAGUCCAGCUAACAGCAACUUCUACUCCAGCUUCAAGAACCUCAGAGAGUCCAACACCAGCAAUGGAAACACAAGUAGGAGCAUCUGUUGAGCCACCACAACCACCGAAGCCAUCACCAAGACCUCGUGUUCGUAGUGGUACUGGUGAACGUGUAAUGUGCCCUGAUUGUGGAAAGUCUUUAGCGUGUGGGGCAAAUCUUGCUGAGCAUAUGCGUACACAUACAGGGGAACGUCCUUUUGUGUGUGAUGAGUGUGGAGCUUCCUUUGCUGCCAAAUCAAACUUAAGGACUCAUAAAAGGCUGCACACUGGUGAGAGGCCUUAUAUGUGUGGUGUUUGUGGUAAAACCUUUUCUCAGAGUUCUCAUCUACCCAGCCAUAUGCGAGUGCACACAGGAGAAAGACCUUACCAAUGUCCUGAAUGCCCCAAGUCUUUCUCUUCAAGUACUACUUUAAGAAAUCAUCUUCGCAUUCAUAAAGGUGAUUGUCCAUUUAAAUGUGAGUUGUGUGGAAGAGGCUUUGUUUGUAAAUCAUGGCUACAGGACCAUUAUAAAGUUCAUACUGGAGAAAAGCCUUUCCAGUGUGAUAUUUGUAGUAAGUGGUUUAAAGAUAAAUCAUACAUAACUAAACAUAAAAUGAAAUAUUGUGGUAAUGAUGGGUACAAAAAGCGUUGGAGAAGACCAGGAGUUAAGAAACCACCUGGCCGGAAACCAGGUGGUUUGGCAAAGACAAAAAUUCUUGAUGAAGAUGAUUCAGAUCAGCUUAAACGGCCUAGGGGACGACCCAAGGGAUCAAAAAACAAGAGAGGAAGAAAAAGAAAGCCAAAAAAUAUACGUAAAAAACGACGUAAUGCAGCCACUGAUUCUGAUGCCGAAUUUGAAGAAAUGUUACAGGAACAUGAAUCUGAUAGAAUAGAAUUACCCAAGUCAGAAGGGGCUUCCAGUAAUGCUGAGGAAGGAGCUGACUUAGAAUUACUUGACCAGUCACAUCAACAGCAUCAGGAACACCACCAUGACCAAGAACAACAGGAUGAGUACCAUCAACAUUACCAAUUUGAGCUACAGCAAGAACAUCAUUCACAGUCAGGGACUCACUCAAGCAAACCAAAUGAUUCUCUCACUAUGCCCCACAUUCCUGUUGUGCAACUCCAUGUUGCUAUUCCUCAUUCUUCAUUGCAGACUCAUGUGCAACAAAAUCAUAUUCAUCAAACACUUUCCCAACCACAAGACCUAAUUCAGCCCCAAAAUCUAACUCAGUCUCAGAAUCUAGUUCAGCCCCAAAAUCUAACUCAGUCUCAGAAUCUAGUUCAGCCCCAAAAUUUAACUCAGUCUCAGAAUCUAGUUCAGCCCCAAAAUCUAACUCAGUCUCAGAAUCUAGUUCAGCCCCAAAAUCUAACUCAGUCUCAGAAUCUAGUUCAGCCCCAAAAUCUUAUUCAGCCCCAGAAUCUUGUUCAACCCCAAAAUCUUGUUCAGGCUCAAAAUCUUGUACAGCCACAAAACCUGUCCCAACCCCAAAACCUUCAUCAACCACAGAAUCUCUCCCAACCACAAAAUCAUUCACAACCUCAUAACCUUUCUCUUACACAAAGCUUGUCACAACCACAAAACCUUUCUCUUGCUCCUAAACUUGUUCAGUCUCAAAGUAUUCAUCAGCCUCAAAAUCUUUCUCAGCCACAGAACCUUUCCCAACCACAGAAUUUAUCACUGCCUCAAAAUCUGUCACAACCUCAUAAUCUGUCCCAAACCCAAACAAUUCCCCAACCUCAGAAUCUCUCUCAGUCCCAAAAUUUGUCACAACCUCAAAACUUGUCUCAGCCACAAAAUUUGUCACAAAACGAUAAUAUACCUCAGCCUCAAAAUCUCUCUCAACCCCAAAAUUUAAGUCAAACACACGUGUCUCUCCAAGAUCAUUUGAACCAGCUUGGACAGUCUCACCAGACAAUACAUAUGGUUUAUUAUAAUUCAUGAACUAAUAAUUUGGUUCAAGAUAUGACUGUUUAUUGAUCAAAUUUUUCAGUAAUAGUUAGUAAGCAGUACUGUAUCAAUAUUUUUAUGUGGAAAAAUUAAUGUGUAAUACAGUAUUAUAAACAGUAUGAGUUUAAAAGUAUUGAAAAAAAACUAGAAUGUUGUGUUAGUGACAGCAAUAAUAACAAAAUAUUUAUUUUUGGCUAAAAAAGUACAGUACAGUUCCAUAAGAAAUCACUAAAAUUCUUUGAUGCCUUCAUGGUUUCCUUUCUUUUCUCUGUGAGCUUAUGCCUUCUGUAGGACCAGCUGUACAAAAUUACAUCUGUACAGUAUACUUGUCUUUUCCUUCAUAGUUCAUACUUGUAGAUCACAAAUCAUUUCCUCAACCAGAGUUGGGUGGAUGAUAUAGAUCAGCCUCAAACAUUCAUUACCAACUGUGCCCCUGGUAUUAUAAUUGCGUUAGAAACUAUACUAUACCUCAGUCCAUUCUUUCAUCUACAGUUACUGUAUGCUGAAGGGAAGAAAAAAAAUCAGGAUACAUUUUGUCAACUUUAACUUUUAAAGACCAAACAGCUACACUUAAAAAAAUUGCCGAGAUAUUGUACAUCAUGGUUUACUUAUCAGAAAAGUGAAACAACUCUACCACUUACUUUAUUAACUUUACUCUCUUCUUGCACACUCAGUUUUAUGUUUAGUAUUUUGAUAUUUAUAUCCAAUAAUGUAGCUAAUAAAGUUAGUGAAGGGUAGUGCAAGAAGGACAUAUUUCUAACAGUCACUAAUUGUAAACUACUGUACUUGACUGAUGUGUGAUGUCUAGAAACAAUGUUCAGUUAUUUAUUUAGAUUACAGUACUGUACUGCACAGUACUUUAUAAUCCAGGUUAUUUUUAUUGACACAAGAGGCGAGGUAGUCUCCAUGUACUGUAAUUAAAGAUAUUUUAAUAUGUAAAAAAGCAAGGGUGUUUUCAUCAGGUAAGGUAGUUUUAAAGAAUCAAGUGAAAUAAUGAGCUAAAUGUUAGAAAAAUAAUGAUAAAAAUGCCAGACCAAGAAAAAGGUGUGCAGUUGGGGCCAGAAGUACUGUACUGUAUUAUUGUACAGGGUGUGUACAAUACUUGCAAUUGAAGUAAGAGGCCCAUGCAUUAAAAUUCUUUCACUAACACCUUUGCUUCUGCAACAGUAGCUCUUCUAUGAACAUCCAGGGCCAACACAGUUACCGUACAUUGAGAAUGGAAUUGGAAAUUUAAAUAAAAAAAAAAUCUCCUUGCCCAACACUUACUUUUGCUUUUUUGUUUUUUAUUUCAUCAUGCAAGUUUAUUGUAAAUGUGUUUUAAGUGCAGCAUUAUGGUAAAUUUUGGACCCACAUGAUGCCUUCUAAUUCCAGCUUUGUAAUAUGGUCAGUGAUAUGUCUCAUAAAUCUGCAGUGCAGUAAAAUAUGUGGACAUUAUAAAAGUCUAAAAAAAAUCUGAAGAUAUUAAAGAUACUGAUAAUUCUCCUUUCAGAAAGUGGAGAAAACAUAUUUUCUUAUCUCGUUUUUUAUACGGCCAUUAUGAAUAAUUGUGAUACAUUUCAUAAGAUUGGACUUGAAGUUCAAUUGUUUGCCUAAAUCUUUGAACAGAAAACUGAAUUACAGGGGUCCCCCAUUAUUUGUAAAGGGUACAUAUUAAAAAACAGAGAUGAAUCCUGAAACAACUAAUGGCAGGUAAUUUUUCCCAAUAAUAAUUAAUGAAAUAAGAAGGUUACAUUCCUAUUUGUCACUAAUAUCAUUCCCGACGAAAAAAGGGAAUUUUUGUCAUUAAAUAAUAUAAGGCUGGGUUAUACUCUGAUUCAUUGCCACUAUACCCUAUGACAUUAAAUAAGUACGGGUAUCCAAUAUAUAAUUACCUUUACAAUAGUACAGUAUGUAGUUUUUGCACACUGACCAUUAUCUAAUCAUAAUUCUAUACUCUAUUGUCCUACUUUUUGUGUCCCUCUUACACUGAGGCUCACUCUUUGCUCUUAACACACACCAUGGACCGAUGACAGUAUUGUAACACAAGAGAUAUUGUAGGAUAAAAUGCACAGAAAUCUUGGAAUCAUUAUUAACUGGACAAAGCAAAUAACACACUAUUAAUAUAUUUUGUGAUUUACUUUUUGAUACUGUACAAACCUAACAUAUUAGAAUACUGUACUGUACUGUACUGUAUUUAAAUAAUAUCAUUUUAUACACUACAUAAAGGUAGUUGAAGUGUUUGUUCCUCUUAGACCCAUAGUGUAAGUACAGUACCACAAAGCCACAACAAGCUUUCACAAGUAACUGUCCCAUAAACAUACUAAUAUUUCAUCUAAUCACAUUUCAUUGAUGAUUAUUACCCUGGUAAUAUAAUUUAUUUCAUAAAUUACUGUUUUCAAUACAAUUCACAAGAUAUUUAGAUAUAUCUCUGCACACUAAAUACAGUAUUGGUAACUGUAGUGUCCUGUUUGUCUUAAAUUCAUAAUGAACUGUUAACCAUAAUGAGCUUGUGUAAGUUAAACUCACUGCAGUAAUACACCCCUGUAUUUCCACUAAACACAUUUUAUUAACAAACUUAAUAUAGUUCAUAAA